UCUGCAUCCAGUGCGCCUCGGAGACGCACACACGCAGUCUCGCUCUCUCUCUCUCUCUUACACUCUCUCUAUGUCUCUCACUCUUGUAGUCACAGCAGAGGAUAGAGGGAGAGACCUAUACGCGCAAGAGCUCUUUUCAUCUUCUAUAUUUUUCCUAUUUUGUUCUUUUCGCUUGCGCAGAGCUCUGACUUUAUUCCAGCUCUUUCUUCUCUGAGAAACUGUUAUAUCCCGUCAUCCAGAAAAUCCUCGGUGUUCUGCGUUUAUUCUCUCUUUUUUUUUUCGCCGUAGUGUUCAGGUUGUCCCCCUCUUCAUCUAAAGGGUGCUCGAAGGAUUUGAUCCUAGAGGACUCUUUUUCGGGAUAUGGCCCAAUAGCAGCAGCCCGUGAUGCCGGACCAUGACAGCGACUCCCUCCUGAACAGACAGACCAAGCGAAGACGUGUGGACAUUGGUGUUAAGAGGACCGUGGGCAGCGCAGCCUCUAUCACAACAGCAGCCACAACAACAACCACUGAUAACAUUGCCCGCGCCAAAGCAGCCAUUUUCAGUGCCAUGAACUCUCUGAGCUCCCACUCUCACCACGGAUCAGACGCUGACUCCAUGGAGUGCUCUGUAGUGCAGCCACAUGGUGGACCUGGCGUUAUGUCAGCCAGUGACAAUGAGUCCAAGUCAAAUGUACUCCGAAAGCUACUGAAGAGGGCCAACUCAUACGAGGACACCAUGAUGCCCUUCCCUGGCACCACCAUUAUCUCCCAGCUUCUCAAGAAUAACAUGACUAAAAAUGGAGGAGGACAUGAGAGAGGAGAAAGAGGGGACAGGGGUGAUAGAGGGGAUGUUGGCUUCCCUGGAUCAGGGCGCUCCAAUGCAAGUUCAGAUGCUCCCCAGGAGGAUGCCUGCAGUAACUCCUCCCACGAUAGCACCCCACAAGAGUGCUUGUCACCCUUCGGCCGUCCUCCUGGCCUGGCCAGCUUUGACAUUGAACGUCUAAACGACGAACACCUGCGUGCCAAGCGAGCCCGUGUAGAGAACAUUAUACGUGGUAUGAGCCACUCACCCAGUGUGGUGAUACCUGCUUCUUCCCGUCAUGAGCGUGACCACGAGAUGGAUGGAGACCGGGAGAUGGAUCUAGACUGCCCACCCCCUCAGUCUCAGCAGCAGACCCCCGGCAGCCCACGGGGAGGGGAGGUGUGCAGCAGUAGCAGCCGAGAGAACAAGCGCAAGCAGCGUCUGCCUCAGCAGCAGCAGCAGAGCUUCACCCAGCUGGUGUGCCAGAGGAAGGAGCAGAAGCAGGAGGAGCGGCGGCAACUGAAGCUACAGCUGGAGGACAUGCAGAAACAGCUACGCCAGCUGCAGGAGAAGUUCUUUCAGAUCUAUGACUCAACCGAUGACUCAGAACAUAACGACCUCCACAAUGACCUCCACAAUGACAUAGGAAACAUGUCCGAGGACAGCCCAGGCCGGUCUGAUACAGGUGGCGAUGACCGGGGUGGAGAUGACUUGCGCUCUGACAAUGAGAUGUCUGACCUGGACCCAGGCCACUUUCUGGACAGGGCACGGGCGUUGCUUCGGCAGCAGGCCAUGCUGGCAGACAGAGAGAAGCCAAGAAGAGAGGGGCUCAGCCGGAGCAAAGGACAGGGAGGUCCAGGCUCCUCCAUGCAUGCUGAAGGUAAACAGCUAGCAGAAACACUGAAGCAGGAACUCAAUUCAGCCAUGACCCAGGUGGUGGACACAGUGGUCAAGGUGUUUGCCAAGCCUCCACGUCCUACACCCCAGCAGGCCUUCCCCUCACUUUCCAUACCUGCUGAAAGAUUUCCCACCAUUGUCAAUGGUGAUAACCCCAACUUCCACACCGCCAACCAGAGGCUGCAGUGCUUCGGCGAUGUCAUCAUUCCCAAUCCUUUAGAUUCCUUCUCCAGCAUGCCUGGGAUGCCAUGUCCCACCAUGGAUCAAACCGAGGCGAUACCUUUAGUCGUGAGGAAGACACCCAGUGACCACCACCAUCACCACCAGUCCUCAGCUGUGGGGGCCCACGGUGGACACCACCACCCCGUCCUUCACCCCUCCUCGCUCUCUGCCUCCAUGGGCUUCAGCCCCCCAUCCUUUAGGCACCCAUUCCCUCUGCCUCUCAUGGGCUACCCCUUCCAGAGUCCUCUUGGUGGGCCCACAGGUGGCUACCCGAGCAAGGACCGUUCCUCUCCAGACUCCAUGGACCUGUCCCGGGAGACCACCAGCCUCAGGACCAAGAUGGCGUCGGGCCACCACAUGGGGCACCACCACCACCACCACCACCACCAUCGUUCUCUUUCACCAUCGCACCCUGGCAGCACGGCCGAGGGACUCUCCCUGUCCCUCAUCAAGUCCGAGUGCAGUGACCUCCAGGACAUGAGUGACAUCUCACCCUACUCAGGCAGCAAUAUCCAAGAGGGUCUCUCUCCCAAUCAUCUGAAGAAGGCCAAGCUUAUGUUUUUCUACAGCCGCUACCCAAGCUCCAAUAUGCUCAAGAUAUUCUUCUCUGAUGUCAAGUUCAACCGCUGCAUCACCUCUCAGCUGAUCAAGUGGUUCAGCAACUUCAGGGAGUUCUACUACAUCCAGAUGGAGAAGUUUGCCCGCCAGUCCAUCAACGAUGGAGUAACCGGAACUGAGGAGUUGGGCGUCAGCCGCGACAACGAACUCUUCCGAGCCCUCAACAUGCACUACAACAAGGCCAACGACUUUGAGGUCCCUGAACGCUUCAUUGAGGUGGCAGAGAUCACACUGAGGGAGUUCUUUAACGCCAUUGUGGCCGGCAAAGACGUGGACCCGUCCUGGAAGAAGGCCAUCUACAAGGUCAUCUGCAAACUGGACAGCGAGGUCCCCGAGGUCUUCAAGUCCCCCAACUGUCUCCAAGAGCUUCUACACGAGUAAAUUUAUCCUCCUCCUCCUCCUCGCUCGACACUUUGCGCUUUUUUGUUUUCAAAAAUAUUCUCUUUUGUUGUUUUUUCUUUCCUCUUCCCCACUUUUUCUUUUGAUUUUGUUUUUUUGUUUUAAUGUAUGAAAGUUAUGAAGUAGCAUUCCCAAUCUGAAGCCUCUGUGGCAGUUCCUAAAUGACCUAGCUAUUGUGUUGUUGUUCCUAUAAGAUAAUUAUCAUGAUGGCUAUUAUUUGUUUUGUUUUUGUAUGAAUCUGAACUGAAGAGACUCUAAUCUUAUUGGGAGUUUUUUGGACCGUGUGAACUCUCAUCCGUUUGGCUUGUUUUAUGAUCAACACUAACAAAGUCCUCAGCUUGUGGAAGGAGUUCCCAUUUACACUACCAAGAACAUAGGUUCCCCUAAAGACUUUACUCAUGGCACCCUGGGGCCUCCUUCCAAUCCAGUGGGUGUCCAAAUGAACUGUACCCGCAAAGUGGGUACCCUAUAGAGUGUGCUACUUACAAUGUCCCCAAAAGGACAGUCACACAAACACACACACACACACACACACACACACACACAUGCACACGAAAACAAGGCCUAGUGAGGUUAUUGACUGGACUCGUGGUUCUGGUCUGUGGGACUUGGACUGGUUUCAAAUAACUACUGAGCUCCACCAUGUUUUGAAGUGUGUUUUCCCUGGAAGUAGGGCAUUGUGUUUAUUGGGUGUACAUUAUUAUUUUGAUUAUUAUUAUUAUUGUUCUUGUUUAUGAUUAUUAUUAUUAUUAUUAUUUGUCAUCACUGCUUGCUGAAGAAUUGGCAGAUUUGUUUGUCCCUUGAUGCAGAAAAAAAAUAAAUUAUUGCUAUUAAUAUUAUUCCAAGAGUUUAGAUUC